AUUUAUAUUAGUGAUGUAGGUUUCUUUUCACAUGAUAUAUUCCCCUGAUACUGUAAUUUAAUAUGGAAAAACAUAUGAACAUUUAAAAUUGUGAUCAUAUUUGGAACUCAAAAAUGUUAUUUUUAAAUUUUUUAGUUAUCUGGGAUAGUUGAUUUUAAUGAUGAUGUGUUGAGUAGAUAUACACUUAUGACUGAUGUGAGCUUUUUAAACACUUCUGUAGCAGGAGCAACUCAUUACCAGAGGUUUUGGUGGGGCCAGACAUUAAUUACCACAUAGCCUCAAACAAAAUUAAGUCAAAAGGUUAUCACAGUUGACUUAUGUUAUAGGCUAUGAAAUUUUAGAGCGAUUUUUAGAGUAACUUGGAUAUAGGCAGUUGAGUGUUGACCACAUACAGCCAUCCACCGCACAGUAUAAUAGCAGCUUUGAGUGAAUUGGGCACACUUUUGUUUUCAACUGUGUUUGAAACAGCAGGUGUGUUUCCCUUCAGCAGUGAGGCACACAAAAUAUCUAAUAUCAUUAAUCAGGGUUGCAAGGUUUCAGCAAAAUUUAAACACACAAAAGUCCUGAAUCAAUCCCAAAUAACUUGGGCACUGGAAAAUGGAUACUUAUUUUUCUCUGGCUUUGCAUGGGAAAUAAUCUCAACAUGGUGCACACACAUUUCUCAUGUAUGGACAUAAUCCAUUCCCAUUUCCCUCUCACAAUCUUUGCAAAAUAUCUUACAAUAGAAAUAGUUCUGUACAUCAAAGACACACACUUUGCCUUUGUUUGCAAAAAUGUCUUAGAUUGGAUUUCCUACUAUUUCUAUAAAACAAGACAAUUAUUGAACAGUGGGUGUUGGUCUUAUGACUGUAUUCCAAUGAAAAAAGGCUGAGCCAGAAAUGACACAUCUAGGAGGAGUUUCCUUCUACUUUCAACAUUUAUUAAGGUGCCCAAAGUUUUGGACCCCAGCAUUUUGGCUCACACAUGAGAUCAGUCUCUAUACAGUGAAGAAUUUGCUGGAAAAUGGAUUCCUACAGACCGGUCAUCUUGUUUAGUAUUUUAAUCUCCUUCCAUGUGGGACAUACACUACGCUGUGCAUGCAAAGAAGAUUUAAGAACUUGCACAAGUAUUUAUAACAUGCAAACCAACUUCAAAACUGCCCAGAAGAUCUGCAUGGAAAAGGGAGGUAAAUUACUAACACCACUGAGUAAAACUAUCGACAGUUUUCUUUUCAACAAAACAGGACACUUCUGGAUUGGUUCAGAAGGUGAUUGUUUAAGCAGCAGCAGAAAUUCUCGAGGUGAUUCUGUGACUCUGAACAGAGGAGGGGAGAAUGUGGCGUGUUCCUCACGGUGCAUGUCGGUUUCUAGUAACAAGACGUUAAUGGAGCGCUCAUGCGAGGAACAGGUCGACGGCUUUUUGUGUGAUGGCAUUCAGUGGGAAAACUGCUGGGAGGAGAGAGCAUCUGAAGUGCAAAUUCUGAAUAAGAAAGACUGUGGACUUGGUCCAUGCGAACACCAGUGCGAAGAGGUUCCCGGAGGCCACAUGUGUACCUGUUAUAAUCCUGAUCUAUUCAGGCCAAGCAGGAAAAAUCCUGAACGUUGUGAGUACUACUGCGACUCUACCACAUGCAAACAGCUUUGCUCCAUGUGUGAGUGUCCUGAUGGCUUCAUCAAAGAUGAGGCAAACUGCACAGAUUUGGACGAAUGCAAGUCAAAUCACACCAACUGUGAGCAAAAAUGUAGGAACACUAUUGGAAGUUACAUGUGCUCUUGCCAUGAAGGGUUCAUGCUGGUAAACAAAACUAAAUGUGUUCCUCUUAUAAAUCCUACUCCGUUAACUGCUGAGCUUGUUACACCGUCUGUAAAUUACACGUUGAGUCAUGCGGUUUUUGCAACUCCAGCAGAGUAUAUUGGGUUUACACUGCUUAUCUUGCUGGCUAUAUGUGUUCUGAUAGGACUUCUGUAUUACUUGCGAAAAAGCAAAUCUGAUGUACUUCUAAAAAAUAACGAUAUUGCAGACGACAUCAUGGUUCAAGAGGCACGGUUACAGAUGUAAAACUUCUUGUUGUCAUGACCAGUAAUAACAGUGUGGAUGACAUUAUUUUAUUUUUAGUCAAUUUAAUUUGCAUGUUGAAGUAAUGUUACUAAUUUCUUAGCAAUUAAUUUCAUCAUGUAUUGCUAAAAAUGAUGGUCAAAUUAAACUUAUUUAAACAUAAAUUGCAGAUGUCUUUAGUCUGAAUAGUUCUGCAGUGAUAACAAAAAUAUGUGUUGUAAUAUUUGACAUAAUGAAAGGACUAAUGAUGGACAAUGUUGUAUACCAAAUUACCCAGACAUUGUAUUUGAGUAACAGUAAAAGAUACUAUAUUGAGAAAUGAUGCCAAAGUGACCCAUGAUUGAACUAUGUUUAAAGCAUCUUAUAUUAUGUGUACUUAACUAUCAAAAUUCUUGGGUAUGAAAACAGAGAGUGUGGGAGGAUCCAGGAUGCCAUUUUAAUGCCAAACAAUAAUGUGUUUUUAUAUUAGUAUAACUGUAAACAAGAAAGACAAACACUAUAUGCAUUUCAAUGUACUUUUGAAUGUAAGCAGUUUUUAAAUUUCAUCAUAUUCUUUUCUGUAUAAUUAAUCAUACUGUGUUGAUGACUUUAUAUAAAAUCCAGACUUACAUCAGGCAUUUAAGCAAGAAUGGAAUAACUGAAACUAUUUGGGCCACAUUACUACUAUGCAUGAUGAUCAUAACUAUGUAAAUAUUAGUUAUCCUUGUUAAAUGAAAAGUGUACUAGUAUGUAUUUAAGUUAGUAGAAGACUUAUAGAAGAACGUUAUAAAACCUUAUAAAACAAUGUGGAACUAAUGAUUUUUCCACAUUACGUGAAAUUCUGUGGUUUUCUGCUGAUUUCAAAAGACCUCAUUUGGUAACUGAACUGUCACAUUGCCAUAAACACUGCAAUUAUCAGUGGUAACACCAGACAGCUAACAUGAGCUGACCUGGGCUAACUAGCCAGGAUUUCUGACAUUUUUAAACCACACAAUAUGCACACAAUUUGAGUCAAUCAGUCACUAAUUUCAAACCACCACUGAUGCUGCUGAUCUUCCAAAACUGAAUGCCUUUGCUAAGUUUGAGGUAGCAGUUAGCUAGCUAGCUCAGGUGCCAAUGUAUUUUGUCAGCUGAUUAGGUUGUUAGGCCAACUCUGUUGAUGGAAAGCUAGCUACCUGUUAAAACAGAGCCAAGUUGAUUCUCCAUUCGGAUAAAUAAUUCAGUUUAGUUAUUUUACAGGAGAAGACAGAUUGAAUAAAGACAGCUUAACUAAAGGCAGAUUGAUUACAGGCUAAAAACUGUUGUUGUUUUUUUUUUUUAAAACUUUCUAUACACAGUCUUACAAAGUCAUCUGCAAGGUGAAAAAUAGUAAAGUGUGAAUUUCUCUCUGAUUUUAACCUCUGUGUCAUAAACACCUUUUUGUUGCAUAUGUGCAUAUGCAUAUCUGUAAGUGAAGUACCAUGUUAUAUCAGUAACAAAAAUAAUACUUGGGAAAUACACACUCUUAUAUGCAUACAUAUUCACCAAAUAUUCAUAAAUAUAUAUUUUCCCCUCACCAGCCACUCCAACAAGAGCAACAUAUACCAAUAUAUACCUGCUUAUUUAUGCAGUUAUCCAAAUAGCCAUGGGUCAUAUCAUGUGGCAGCAUCUCAAGGCAGAAAAUCAUGCACAUACCAGUCGAAAACCUCAGUUAAUAAUCAUAAAGUGAUCCCACUGACUCUAAGCGCAGCACAGUUGGGUUGGUUGAAGCAACUCAGAAUUUGCUGAAUUCCUGUCCAAAGGUACUGACAGUGAAGAAAGAUGAGGAUCACUUCACUGAUAUCAGUAAUUAUGAUCAUUGCUACUGCACAUGAGUAAUUAUAAAACUUUUCUCUUUGUUUUUCACUGGAAUUUUUUAGGUUGAUAUUUCACCUUAAAGGUGGAAAAAAUCUGACAGACUUAUCUUGGUUUAAAUUUGUAAAAAAAAAAAAAUUUACAUCAAAGAAACAGCUAACAGGGGUGUGUAAACUUUAUAUACCCAUUGCAUGAACACAGUACACUGAGUAAAAUUCUAAACAUUUUUGUCUGUACUCUGUGUCUCAAUGCCUCCAUGCAUUUCUGCCUGUCUUCUUGGUGCCAUUCUACUUUGCAAUAAAUGGAUCAUAACCAUAAAAGGGAAAGAGUAGAUUAGAUUAAUGUUAGUGUGUUUUCUUCAUUUAAAAACCCUUUUAAUCGUUGUGUUCCGUUUCAGCAAAAUAAUCUAUGAUUCAAAAGGAACCAUAAUAAAAAUGGUUAUUUC